AUGACCAUGCUGCCUGCAAUUCAAGUGUGGUUUGGAGAAGACCUGCCUCUAAGUCCACGGAGUCCUCUGACCCCCAGACAUGGGCCAGGUUUGGCUGAUGUUUGUCAGUAUGAUGAGUGGAUAGCUGUGAGGCACGAAGCUACCCUGUUGCCCAUGCAAGAAGAUCUGUCAAUCUGGUUAUCUGGUUUAUUAGGUAUUGAAGUUAAGGCAGAAAGGUUAUUGGAAGAACUUGAUAAUGGAGUACUGUUAUGCCAACUGAUUGAUGUUCUUCAAAACACGGUGAAAACAUGCAACUCUGAAGAACCAGUGAAUUUUCCAAUGAGAAAAGUGCCCUGUAAGAAAGAUGCUGCAUCAGGUUCGUUCUUUGCUAGAGACAAUACUGCGAACUUCCUUCACUGGUGCAGGCACAUCGGGGUUGAUGAGACUUACCUCUUUGAAUCUGAAGGUUUAGUUUUGCACAAAGAUCCGAGACAGGUGUAUCUUUGUCUUCUUGAAAUUGGUCGAAUUGUGUCAAGCUAUGGGGUUGAGCCACCAGUAUUAGUAAAAUUUGAGAAAGAAAUUGAGCUAGAAGAGACCUUACUUAAUACUUCUGGGCCUGAAGAUUCCAUCAGCAUUCCAAAAUCAUGCUGUCAGCAUGAAGAGCUGCACGAAGCUGUUAAACACAUUGCUGAAGACCCUCCUUGUAGUUGUUCUCAUCGAUUUUCUAUCGAGUACUUAUCUGAAGGACGGUAUCGACUAGGAGAUAAAAUACUUUUUAUAAGAAUGCUUCAUGGAAAACAUGUCAUGGUCCGUGUCGGUGGAGGCUGGGAUACUCUUCAAGGAUUUUUGCUUAAAUAUGACCCCUGUCGAAUAUUACAGUUUGCUACACUAGAACAGAAAAUUCUAGCAUUUCAAAAAGGAGUUUCUAAUGAAAGUGUGCCUGAUUUGUCCGCCAGAACACCUCAGCCUCCUGAAAUGAAUCCUUUGUCAGCAGUUAGCAUGUUUCAGAAACAAAAUUCAAAACCUGACACACCAGUUGGUAUUCCAAGGAGCAAAGAGAAGCAGGUACGUCUGCCAGGUGUGUUGCCACCAACAUCUUCCCUGAGAGGAGGCAAUCUGGCCUGUGGGUCUGUCCGUUCUAAAUUUCCAGAUUCUCCAGCAGUGUCCUCUCAUCUCAAACUCAGAUCUUCAAAGGGCGUAACAAAGAAACCGCAGGCUCCUUCAAACGAUGCAUCAUCUUCAUCUGCUUCUUUAAAUCCAGUAGGUAAAAGCACUUUUUCACCAGCUUUAUUAAGAACUGCACCUUGUGUAUCUGAGUCGUUGAGAAAAUGUAUCUCAUCACCCAGUACUCCUAAGGCCAAGCUUACUCCAGCCCAGAAGUCAAGAGAUGUGCCUGAAUCUACAUUUUUGCCAAAUAAGUGUUCUGGAAAAAUUGAACCAAAGCAUUUGAAACACCAUCCUGUGUCUUCCAGGGAUUAUGCAGUGUCUCACUCAGCUGCACAUUUAAAUUCAUCAUCAAAGUGUCCAAAGCCGCCUAAGGCAAAUCUGCACGUAAGGCCUAACCCUUCUCCUUCUUUCCAGUCUCCUGCAAAAGUGACAACAUCCAGUUCCAAAACGAUAACCACGGGUCUGAGAACACAGUCUCAGCCACGUGUUGGAGCUCUGCAAGCGGGGGCAAUGCCAGCACAGAAACUUAAGUCAGCCUUGAAUUUAAACCAACCACUUUCUGUAUCCUCAGUUGCUCCUGCAAAAGCUGCAGAGAAGUCAAAAGAUAAUAUGGUUUCAGUUGCCAAAAAGCAGCCUCAGAAUAAAAGCACGUCCCAGAAGACAGGACCCAGCUCCUCCAGGUCCCCGGGCCGUACCCCGCUGUCCAUUGUGAGUCUUCCCCAGUCUUCUGCCAAAGCACAACCUGAACCAAAGUCAGCACAGACUGCCACCAAGAGCCAGUGCUUAGCCAAAGGGCCUCCCAAAAGUGGCAAAGCCCCGGCUGCAACCAGGAAGCCACCCUCAUCUGGCAAGGAGGCAGUUAGUGGAGAUAAAAAACCUGCAAAGAAGAAGGAAGGCAAUGAUCAUUAUUUUGUUAUGACUGGAAGUAAGAAACCUAGAAAAUAA